CAAUGGCGACUACUGAGUCAUCUAAGCCUGCAGCAAAGCAACUUGGUGAACUCCUCAAACAACAACAAUAUCCAUUCGUCUUACAGAUUUACCUUUCCGAAAGAGGGUGUUUCAGGAACAAGAAGAAGAAGGGUAUUUCGAAUUUCCCUAAACUACUUAAACUUGUGAUAUGUAACAAGUUAUUUGCAAUCAAAAGGUUGAAGACCAAGAUUCCUGAGAUGAAGAGAAAUGAGCAAGAAACUGCAGAACCAGAUAGAUUUUCGACAGUGUAUAAUUCAUGCACAGAUAGUGACAGAGAUGAACCAUUGAUGAUAACGAAGAUUCCAAGUUCCAAUGGAGUUCAAUGGCAGAAAAGCUUGUUCUUGAGUAAGCUGAUAAUGGGGGACUCGAUAUUGUCAGCUUCUCUUUGGAAUUUACUUGUUCAAACCACACCAGACAAACAAAGUUGUGUAAGAAUAUUACAGGAGGCCGAUGAGUCUAAUUCUUCACCAUUAAGGGUUUUGCAGCAAGCAAAGAAACUCAAUGAAGUGAAAAUGGAAUUGGUGGAAUCAGAUGUAAUGGGUUCAACCCAGGAUUGGAAUGGUUAUGAAGAGCAGAAGAAGAGUAUAGGGCUAGUGAUUGGAAACGCCAUUGCAGAGGAGAUUAUAAAUGAAGCUGUAAAGGAGAUUAUCUUCAUGUUUCAUAGCUAAGAUGUAGUUU